AUGUCUAUGUUUUCAACUAAACCAAAGCCUUGCAUUAUUUUUCUCUUCAUAUUUUUGCUCCUGUUUAUCGAAACCGAUGGGUCUCAUUUUAACGGUGGCACCAUCCGAUGGGAACCCGUCAAUCCAUCUGUCAAUUCGAGUUCAGUAACAAUUAGUAUCAUACAAUCUUAUUCUUGGAAGUACCCAACAAUCACUUGUACCACCAAUGUACCUAUUUCUACAAGUGGUCGAAGCAGCGCUAACGCUAAUCUUACAUGUAUUGCUGACUGUUCGACCGAUGGUGGCUAUUCCAAUAAUCCAACAAAUAUUUUAACCGAUUGUGUUUCGUCAAGCGCUGGACUAGGCAUGAUGACAAGCAAGCGAGAAGUUAACCGAACACUGAGUGCAGGUGCACAUUUCUAUAUAGCUUAUCAGGGAAGUGCAUGGGCACCACUGGGCAGUCCUGCUAAAAGUGGUCUUUAUUGGUCGAUAUCUUGCUACAUUGAUCUUCGUAUGCGCCCAGAUGGCAUUAUUAACACCCCACCGGAAGUGAACAUCGUCUCACCACAAUACGUUAUUGUUAAUACGCCCACUCAAAUUCAAAUACCUGUAUCAGACGCCAAUGUAGGUGAUGAUAUACGUUGUCGUUGGUCUCAAUACAUACCCGGAUCUAGAAGGAGAAGAGAAAUCUAUCAAAGUUUGGCUAUGUACAGCGAAUCAAAGACUAAAAUUAAUCAAAAUAUGAUUGAAGAAAACAAUAAUGUUCAAGUUAGAAACAAGAGAGGCCCAGGCUGCAGUUGGUGUAAUACCAAAUGUGACAAAGGCUGCUGCUGUAAAAGUACUGGGUGUACAGGAACUUCGUGUAGUGGUGGGUCUUGCAGUGUAAAACCUAGCUGUCCCAUCAUAACAACUCCAGCCGUAACUGAAACUCCAGGAACAAUGCCAACAACGAUAUCUUAUGCACAUCGUCAAGCUAUUGAUGAAUGCGGUAGUAUUUGCUAUCCAAAUGGUCUUCCGAAUGGCACAAAUUUAUCCUCGAAUUGUACUCUCACAUUUACAGGUCUUAUACCUAACACUUGGUAUGCAAUAUCUGUUCAAGUAAGUUAG